GAGAGAGAAGUAUAUGCACAAUAUAUAUUAUUUAGGUAUACUGAAUACUAUUUAAAAUGAUAAUGAAAGAGCGAAAAGUGACGCAAAAGUGAAUGACUUUGACUUCAUGUGCUAAGUAUAAGCACUUUGCCAUAAUUACUUGAUAAUUAUAUUAGACACAAUUUUGUAGGAUAUAAUUAUAAAAAUAUUAUAUUUUGAUUUUAAUAUAUAUAGUGCUUUUCUAAUUUUGAAAAAUGUAACUUUUAUACAUUUACAAGAGUACAAAUAUAUUCGACUGUAUUAUCGCUCCAAAUUCCAAUGGUUCGGCACCCAUGGCUCGUUUGAGGAGGAUUAAGGAGCACGCAGACUGGUAAAGUGGGGUAGGCACAACGAAUGAAGACGAAACGCGCUACAACGCGAUACACAGAAUGGUAGUAUGGUGAAGUGGAGGGAGCCGAAGAAGAAGAGGAAGAAAAAGGGGAGAAGCCGGUGUAGACAGCAAGACAGCCGGUAGAGGCACGUUUUUAGUAAAGCGUGGUAAAGCGUCGUAAAACGCCGACGAUUCUUACUCGCUUCGGUUCUGUUUGAUCCGUACAUCAAGUUUCGUUGACCUUCCGUUGCGCUUUUUUUUUUUUUUAAUUAUAGCGCGGGUUUUUAUUGUAUAGGUAGGUGUAAUAUUGCUAGCGUCCGAGUGGCGAAAGCGAAAUUUCUUGCAGCACGCAGCAGAUCAAUUACACGCAUUUGCCUGUGGUAUCGUUCCGCGUCGAGAGUGUCGAGCCAAUUGCGUGAACAAAUAAUCAGGGCCAAUUAAGCGUGCGGGCGCGAUGACUUCCGCGUACGAAAUGACGGCGGAACGUGAGCUGCAGCAGAAAGCAACGAGUUCGCACGACGCUGCGAAAAUACUUUUCAACGGCCGAGAACUGGACGACCCGAACACUGUCCCCGACAUGGAGGAGAUCUCGUCGUCAUCUCGAGCCAGUCUCGCAACAGGUGAUUCGUCUUUCGAGGAAUCGACGCUCUCUUCCGUGGAAGUCAACGUUCUGCCUGACGAAUCAUUCGACGGGGAUCUGGGAGUGUUCGAAAAAGAGAAGGAAAAUAGGGAUGAAGAAAGUAUCUCUGUAAAUUCGGUAAAUGAUAUUUUGCGAGUGAAUAAAUCCAAAAACGAGGAGUUGUCCCUCGAAGAUAAUGAGAGGCGUGAGAAAGAAUCGGUUUUAUUGGCGGAUAAUACCACGCCGAAAAGUGCAACCUGCACAUGCAAUGCGAAAAGGGACCAGGCCUGCAAAGAUGAAGAAAAGAAUCGGAGCGUGCUAGAGAUACAAAUGCAUCAGGAAGGAUACGCGUGCAACAGUAGUGUUCACGUCGGGAAGAAAUUUCGAGAUUACGGGAUGGACGACGCGCGAGUUUGUUGCGAAAAUCUGGCGGAAAUUUGCCUGGAUACGGAUGAAAAACAGGAUGAAUUUGAAGGAGAAAUUAUCGGUUGGCAGGAUGACGAAUCGUUUUAUGAUGCCGUACGAUCGGGAAACGCCAAGCAAGUCUCGGUGUUGAUCGCCAACGGUUGCGUGCAAAACCUGGACGAACCGGAUUGGAACGUGUCGGGUGAUCCACCCCUAUUGAUGGCAGCAACGAAUCAUUGCCUGCCUGUGCUGAGCGCGCUACUAGCAAACGGGUGCGACCCAGCUGUGCGUUCGCCGCGGGGUGAAACGGCACUUCACAGAGUAAUCCUGAAUGGCGGACCGGGCAACGUGUUGAAAUUCGUGGAGGACCUCUUGAAAUACAACUGUCCGCCGGGCGUCAAAGAGGCCGGCAGUGGAUCAACUGCGUUGCACGUGCUCUCUCGUCAACUGGCUCACACGUCGCUAAAAUCUCUCGGCCAUAAUUUCGAUGCGGCCCUGAAGACGCUAGACUUAUUGGCGAGAGCGGGACCGAUUAAUGCUAAGGAUCAUCAAGGUCGAAGUGCCUUGCACAUUUUAGCAUCGUCGACUAUCUUUGAUAACAAUCACAAGGCCGACAUCGAGUCGCUGAUUGGUACACUUCUGGCCGCCGGUGCGGAUACCGCAUUGAAGAACGAUCGCGGAGAGACCGCUUUGCACGAGAGUUUAGAAUGCGGUGCGUUAAACACGGCGAUAUUGUUGAUACAACACACGCCGACGGGCAUUACAUCGCGGUACGGCGAAACGCCGUUGCACAUAGCGUCGAGGAAAAAUCAUGUUGAUAUGGUGACAAAGUUGCUCGAGCAUGGCGAGGAUCCCGGCAUGCAGGACGCCGGCGGAAACACGCCGCUGCACCUCGCAUCAGCAAGAGGAUUUCAUCAGACGGUAUCGUUGCUGGUCACCUCACCCUUGGCUCAAUUGGAGAAGGUCAACAUCGACGGUCUAACGGCGUUGCAAGUUGCCGCCGAGAGCGGAUUUGUAAACGCCGUCAGGAUACUGUUGAAGGCUGGCGCCGAUCCCAGUCAGACUAUGCAUUAUUGCACGACAUUAUUCCUGCGCCGUCAUCCCGACAUCUCGCUCUUGAUCGAUCACGAAAUGACCAGACGUCGACAACUCGCCGCCUGAGGGAAUCCAUUGAUUUCCUCAACUGACAGCUUGCUUAAGAUCACUAAAUAUUACUAUGGACAUGAAAGUGCAAUUAUUAUCAUACUUGUUGCUCAAUAUCGCGGUACACGUUCGAUGUAUGCAGAAAUUAUAUGUGCAAUAUUGUAAGUAUAAUAUAAAAUCGUUGCUAUAAAUCCCGACUGUAGAUCAAAGUGCACUUAAUUCAAAAGAUUGCAACGUACCAUCUAUAUACUCUCUACAUAAAAUAUACAAAAUAUAUUUUACAAAUAAAUGUUAAUGCCGUUAUCGUUUUGUUUUCACUAUUGUUGUCAUCGUGCAUAAUUUUGAUAUUAUUAUUACAUUAUUAAUGUUUUAGUCAAAUUUACUUGUUAUCGUCAUGAUUAUUUGAACGGGGAUUAUUUGAAUGAAAUAAAACAAUACGAUUUUUAUAAUAUUAGUGUAUAUUUUAUAAAUCCACGUAAUCUGAAGUGAAGCGAAAAUGAGUAGACUGGGAGCAUGUUUGUAUGUACAGCUAAGUAAAAAUGGAUUUUAAAAUAUUUUUCUCAAAGUAUAUCACAUGAUAUCUGAAAGGCUGUGUUAGAAUUAUGAAAUAAAUAUUAUAUAAUGAUCAUACAAUGUACAUGUAAUGUAAUUCAUUGAUUAAAAGUCAAGAAGAGACAUUGUAUAAAAAUAAAUAUGUCUUCCCUAUAA